AUGGACAACUGUGAUUUGGAGAAACUCUCCGUCUCUGGUGCGAAGCUCCAUCCAGCUUUCACACCAGAUGUCACAGACUAUAAAGUGACAGUGGAGAGCAGUGUCAACAAAGUGACCCUGGACCUGAUGACCAGUGACUGUGGAGCUUCAUACAGUAUUCUCUGCGGCGAUGGUUCCAGCACCAUUAAGCUGAAUGAUGGGUUAAACAGAGUAGAGAUCGAGGUGGUAGCUGAGGAUGGCACAAUAAAGAAGUACUGUGUGGAAAUCACCAGGCUGUCCGCAAAGAUCGCAGAACUCAGUAUUGUUCCCUUUCAUUGCAGUGCUGUCACCCUACUUCCCAAGGUGCUGGACAAAAACAUAAAAGUUACAGUGAAUGUGGAAGACAGCUCACAAGUCCCUCUGAAUUUUGGAGACACUGUGGUGGAGAUCUCGGUCUGUUCAGCAGAUGGCAGCAAUUCACAGGUGUACAAAGUGUUGGUGACGAGAGAGCUGAUUCCCAUGGCAGUGACCUUCACUGAUGAGAAGCAGCAGCUGGACUAUGAAUGUCCAGUAUCUCUGACUGCUUUAUAUAGACCUGUGUCUAUCAACCACAGUGACCCAAAGCACAUCUUCUCAAGGCCGUAUAUUGAGAUGCUGGCACGAAGAUCAAAAGUCGACCCACUUAGCGACUGUCCUCUGGGAGACGGCUGGAAGGUUGUUGAACUGGACCUCGACAGGAGGAUGUCGGCUGCUCUGGUCAAGUGCUUCUUCACUUACAGAGGAGACACGUUGCAGUAUGAGGACGGCCAGUCUCCUCUCCAUAGCUUGGAGCAGGCUGCUGUCCACUACGCCUCAGCUAUCAGACUCAGCUCCAAAGACGCCAGACUCCACUUCCUGCUGGGUGUCGUUCUGGAGGAGCAGCACUACGCUACAGAGAUGUUCGGCCUGCAGAGGAAGGCUGACAAAGAUGAUUUCAGCGAUGCCAAGUCAACGGCACGUCAGGAUGACAUCCUGGCUGUGUGCAAACUCCACGGUUACCUCGGCACACCAACCGUACAGAACCAGCUGCAGGCCUUGGAUAAAGAGUAUCAGCUGCUCAAAGAGCAGGGACAGUCCAGCAAAGCGGACUACGUCCAGACACUCUACGUCUGGCUCUCCAAGAAAACUGGCAAGGAUAACAGUGCAGCCAUGCAGGAUGAAGAGACCUCUGUCCACAGGGCCCUGAUGAAAUACCUGGAUGCCUGGUCUUUGAGUCCUGACAGCUGGGAGUACAACCUCCAUGUAGGAAGACUGCUGCUGCUGCAGGGCAGGAGCAGGGAGGCCCUGCAGCACCUCCAGAGCGGCCUGGCACUGCGCCCCCUUCAUCCUGGUCUCAGGCCUGGCUCUGAGGCCUCCGAGGACACAGAGAGGGAAGCUGCUCUGUUCUUACAGCAGGGACUGGAGCACUUUGUCAGCCAGCGCUGCAGCAAGAGCUGGGUGGAGCAGGAUCCAUCAGACCCUCUGUCCAGCCUCAGCACACAGUUCCUGCGUGGCCUUCUCAGUCUGGGCCAGCUGCAGCAGAGGAACACACUGUCUGGGAAGGCCAUGAGUGCAGAACAGGUCUAUCACACCGUAGCAGUGCUGACUGCCCAGAGUGUGAGUCAGUGUGUGUGUCGCGGCGAGGCGAGCGGGCAGCUGGAGUGGGUGCUCCUGGAUGCUCAAUUUGCCCUGCUCCAGAGGCUGAUCCAGCAGGGCGAGCGCCAGGCCAAGGCUGGCACAGAGAGGCAGUCCCUGGUGGCAAAGAGAUGCCAGGCCCUCACAGCUCUCAUACGCCUCACCUCUAUCGCCCCCUGUCAGGAGCUGCUGGACAUGCAGGAGCGGGCGUGCCAGCUCGCAGUAGUGACCACACCGCGGGACAGCCACGCCUUGUGUCUCUUGGGUCUGGCACAGCUGGCUCAAUAUGACAACAACCCAAAUGCAGACAAGUCAAAGGAAUUCAUAACUGAUGCCUGCCUCAGCUUCAAGGGCAGCAUUGAGCUGGAGGACAAGACUCAGAGUGGAGAACCACCUGAACAGCUGAGCAAACAAAAAUGGUGGCGUGACCGGCAGCAGGCUGAAAACGAGAAAGCCGCGGCACAGUCCAGCACCCCACCAGCAGGAGUGAAGGGGCCUUCUGACACCAGUGUGGCCAAGAGAGGAGCCAAGCGAGGCAGGGUAGGACCUGGACAAGGGCGGUUGGCAGCAGCUGGAACCAGAGCUCCUGUUCCCUCGUCCUCAGCCCCCACCAGGGGAGGGAAAGCCGCCCGACCUCCAGCCAAAACCCCUGCAGCCAGGGGGAGAGCUGGAGCAGCAACUAAGCCAGAUAAAUCCUUCAAACCUUCCAACAACGGUCCUAAACCCCAGCUCCCUGCCAGCAAGUCUAAACAGGACUGUUGCUCUGAUACUGCUGAUGCAGUAGAGGAGCCUACUGUGGCAGAACAGAACGUGGUAGGUCCGGUGAACCGCAGGUCUCAUACCUCACGGCUGGGUCUGGCUCGCGCCCUCUCCCGCUCUGCAGACACCCAGGACCAGGCGAAGCAGCUCUACCAGGAGGUCAUCUCCAUGGCACCGGGGGUCCACGAUGCCUACAGUGAGCUAGUUCAGCUGCUGGAGCCAUCAGACCCUCAGGCAGCAGUGGAGGUGUACUGCAGGUUCCCUCUGAAGCCUGCGGCCGAGCAGAGCUUCGACGAUGCCUACAUCUCAGGAGAGAUCGUCCGCAUACUGAUGAGGCUGGAGCAGUACGACCAUCCACAGCUGGGGCCCAGCCUUGUAGCAUACGGCAAAGUCAUGGGACUGAGCUGCAUAGAAAAAUACAUCGACAUCUUAGACGGAAAGGCCAUGAGCAAGCUGCUGAAGAGUGUCUACGCGAGGAUCCACGACAGACAGGAGGACGAUCAGGACCUGCAGGAUUUCUUCAAGUUCAAAUGCUGGAUAUGAGAACACUUGUGAACCUUUAACAAGUACCUAUAUUGAUCUUUCUGAAGUUUACUGACUAUACCAAAAGACACAUAUUUCUACUUGAGCUGAUGAUACUGACACUUUCUGUUCAUAGAUAAAGAAAUCCUCUUGACUUUAAACAUUUAAACUUGAUGGCAUAAUGAAGCCAUGCAUAUUGGAUAGAGGACACUGAGAGAAUGUCCAUCUUUUUCUCCAAAGGCAUAUUUAAUUUGAAUUCUCAAUAAAAAUGAUAUAUCAAAAGCGA